GCUCACCUUGGCAAUGAAAGUGAAAUGGACAAUAUAGACGGCACUUACGCGUAUAAAAACCAGAGCAUUACUUGUCGAAAUUAUUCAGUUGCCAACUUUAGCAGCAUCAACAUGUACGCCAAGCUGAUCGUCGCUCUGUGCGCUGUGGGCUUCGCCCGUGCUGGUGGUCUCUUGGGAGCUGCCCCUCUGGCAUACACCAGCCAAGCCAUCGCCGCACCCGCUGUGGUGACUAAGACAAUCACCCCCGCCGUGUCAUCCUACUCUUCUUACUCCACCCAGACCUCUCACGGAUCCCCCGUUGCGGCUUACGCUGCUGCCCCCGUAGUAGCUAAGACCUAUGCUGCUCCUGCAGUAGCAGCCUACGCCGCUCCCGCUGUAGCGACUUACGCCGCUGCCCCCAUUGUCACAAAGACCAUCGCUCCCGCCGUCUCCUCUGUUUCCUCCUAUUCUACCCAGACCUCUCAUGGAUCUCCUAUUGCGACUUACGCCGCCGCUCCCGUGGUAGCUAAGACCUACGCUGCUCCCGCCGUGGCUGCCGUCGCUGCCCCCGCCGUCGCUGCGUACUCUGCUCCAGCCAUCGCUGCUCCUGCUGUUGCUGCGUACUCAGCUCCCAUUGUGACCAAGACCAUCGCCCCAGCUGUCUCUUCAGUUUCCUCAUAUUCCACCCAUACUUCUCACGGCUCUCCCAUCGCGACCUACGCCGCCGCCCCUGUGGCCUCUUACGCCGCCGCUCCCGUCGUUGCUAAGACCAUCUCCACCUACGCCGCGCCCGCGGUAGCCACCUAUGCUGCACCCGCCGUCGCCUCCUAUGCUGCGGCCGCCCCCGUCCUGAAAUCAGCUAUCGCCCAAACCAUCGCCGCCCCCGCUGUCGCUACUUAUGCAGCUGCUCCCAUCGUCACCAAGACCAUCGCUCCCGCUGUAUCGUCGGUCUCUUCAUACUCCACCCAGACUACUCAUGGCUCUCCCAUCGCGACAUACGCCGCCGCCCCCGUUGUGGCUAAGACCUAUGCUGCUCCCGCCGUGGCUGCCGUUGCUACCCCUGCUGUCGCAGCGUACUCUGCCCCCAUCGUAACCAAGACUCUCUCUCCAGCUGUAUCUUCGGUCUCUUCCUAUUCGACUUACUCCGCUGCCCCUGUGGCUUCCUACUCCGCUGCCCCCGUUGCCACCUAUGCCGCCGCCCCUGUAGCCUCUUACGCUGCUGCCCCUGUAGUCGCUAAGAGCAUUUCCACCUAUGCCGCGCCCGCCGUAGCCACCUACGCCGCCGCCCCCGUGGCCUCUUACGCCGCCGCCCCCGUGGCCUCUUACGCCGCUGCCCCCGUGGUUGCUAAAACUAUCUCCACAUACGCCGCUCCCGCUGUUUCACAAAUCGCAUACAGCAGCAAUGGUGCCAACUAUGGUUGGUAAAUUGAAUCCCAUGUAAAUAGACUUAUUAUAAAAUUAAAUGAAUUAUCUGUGAUAA